AUGUCUCAAUCCCUCACAUUUCUCGUUGCCUUUUCCUCCGUAGUGGGCACUUCGGAAGCCAUCCGACAGAUACAGUCGGAUUCGAGAAGAAAGGAGCAUCGAAGUCGAAAGAACAAUCUUAUAGUGCGAUGCCCCAAGUCUUCUCAAUAUAGCCUUAGCCUCGAUGGAAGACGUGUAGUCCUCUCUGGCGACAAGCUCUAUGUUGACACUGGUGACGAUUAUGAACAGGUCUUCGGCCAUCCAUUCGCUGGGUACUUUCUAGCAUAUCCUGACACCAAGUAUUCGGGACUCGUAUCAACAAUUUGUGACGAGCCACCCAUCAUGAACUGGAUUUAUGUUGACCGCAGUACCUAUGAGCUCAAAUUUGGUCCUCGUCCAUCGGCGCAACCUAACUUACCUGGCCCCUUUGAUUGUUCCCGCCAGGAUCGGAGAUUGACAUUCGCAGGUUGGGAAGGGUUCUUCGCUGUCCAGGAGAGUGGAUUCUGGGCAUUAUACUUCGACGUGGACCAGGACAUGCUGAAGUCAAAGAUUAAGUCGGGGACUCCAGUUCUCGAGGUGCAGUUGCUGCGCGUGGAGAUGCGGGUUCAGCCUGUCAAGGCGGAGAAGCCAUCCGGGGAAGAUUCGAAAGAUAAUGCGGCACAGCACAGUACUUCCGAGUCGGAUAGUCGACACCAGGAACAGGAUUUAGAGACUAGGAUCGAGACGUCUGAGGGGCAGGACCUGGAGUCCCCUGAUGUGGACUAA